AUGCCGGAGACGAGUCAAGACGCGAUCUCGGUGACAGAUCCGAUCGAUCAGUUACCUCUCCGGCUACUAAGAUCGGAGAUCGUUCCACCGGCUCCGACUCGAUCUCAAUCGUCUAUUGACUGGCUUCCAGACUUCGCCGGUUACUCAUGGCUUGCUUACGGAGCAUCUACUCUCCUUGUCAUCUCUCAUCUACCUUCCCCUCUACGCGGCGAAGACUCUACAAACGGACCGUUAUUCCGUCAGAUUAUAGAGGUUUCCGGCGAUGUUUCGUCUCCAGUUACUGCCGUUACUUGGUCUCCUGUAACUCCGUCUGUAGGCGAGCUCGCGGUUGGGUCUGGGAACUGUGUUUGCCUCUACUCGCGUGAUCUUAGCGAUCUUAAUGGUUCUUUUUGUUGGAGUCAGAAAGCCAUAUUGAUGCAAGAAGCAAAAGUUGAAGCAAUGGAGUGGACAGGAUCUGGGGAUGGAAUAAUAGUUGGUGGAACUGAUAUUGUUCUGUGGAAGAGAAGGAACCAGUCCUGGGAAAUAGCUUGGAAGUUCACAGGGGAUCAUCUUCAAGAUCUGGUUUCCUCCACUUGGUCAUUGGAGGGUCCUUUUGCGACAGCAACGUCUUGGAGCAAGUUUCCAGCUGAGUGUGAUGAGGCAGGUAAACGUGUCCUGGCCUAUUAUAGUGACGGGGAGUCAUAUCGUAAAGUUGAAUUGCCUCAUCCUCAGAGAAUAUCCAUGAUUCAGUGGAGACCAGUGGUUGCAGAACAGUCUGAAAUAUGUAUAGGGAAAUCAAUGAGGAAUGUGCUAAUGACAUGUUGCUUGGAUGGGGCAGUAAGGUUAUGGAGUGAGGUGGAUGGUGGAAAGACAAAAAAGGGCAUGAAAGAUGUGAGUGAUCAUAAAAAAUCGUUUUGCGUGGCAGCUGUGAUAGAGAUAAAUCAGGUCUUGGAUGGCUAUUUGGGCAGAGAUUUGUUUAUUUUUUGGGGAACUCUCACAGGGGGUAUAUUGAAAACCAUCAAAGGUACUAAUCAGUUUUUUUCUGUUGAAAAGUAUGAUCAUGAAAGUGUUGGCCAAUGUGGUUGGUUGGUAGGGUACGGCCCUGGAAAAUCGGGUUCUUUGUGGGCUGUCUAUUGUCUUGAUGACAUCUCUCCUAUGAGGUCUCUGAGGAUCACAUUGAGGGCGAGACAAGAAUCAAAUGAAAUCGGUGUGGUGCUACCCUCUCUAGCUGAUGCUACAGGUUCUUCUGAUCAAUUACUCCUUAAGAAAGUUUCUGUAUUGAGAAAUAACCGCUAUGGCCCGCCACUUAUCUGCUCGUCUAUUUAUUUAUCUCCGUGCAAUACCGUAUAUUGGUCUUCCUUGCACACAAUAAAAUCACAUGACUCAGAAGAUUCAUCUGCAAAUAAAUCCAAUGUAUUGAAGUGCAUAACGGGAAAUAUAUUAGAUCUUGAUGGUCAUGGUGGGAAAAUCCUGCAGGUUGCCUUUGAUCCUUUCAUAUGUGAGGCGGUAUACAAUGCUUCUCUGGAUUAUAAUGGUUUGAUAAUAAUCUGGUCCUUGUGUGAUUAUUUGAACCGUGCUAUCGACCAUCCUAUAUCACUUUCCUCUUGGAAACCUUGUGGACGGCUUCAAAAUCAAGAAUUAGGAUUGAAAUACACUAGUAUAUGCUGGGCACCUUCAUCAUUGAAUGAUGAAAGAUUUCUACUAGUGGGACAUGUAGAAGGCGUUGAUUGCUUUAGUGUGAGGAAUUGUGGGAGGGGUUAUGAUGGCUUUCUAACCCAUUACAUAUGUACCAUACCGUUUGCAGUUAGCCACCCUUUGGAGAAUGGUCCAACCAGCAUAUUUGCAAUACCUCUUCCUAAUUCUUGUGGAAAGACAUUCAAAAAUAACAGAUUCUUGCUUUUGAGUGUAUGGAUGAAAGAGAAACGGUUUGAUGCUCUGUCAUGGAGAGUGAGCUUGCAUCAUUUCAAUGCAGCAGGAAGCACCUGUGACUGUCAUUUUCAUGAUUUCGAUAGUACUGGAUCGGGUAAGUGGUUGUUCGAAGAUACUUUUUCUGGUAAGACGAAUUGCAUUGCUGUUAGAUCAUGCUCUUCAGAAAUACCUAAGUCUCACCGUCACGAUGAAGUUACGAGUUUUGCUGUAGUCAAUCCAAGCAGCAGGGCUCUAGAGAAUGACAUGAACAUUGAAAGUCCAGCUUACACUUUGGCAACUGGUCAAGCUGAUGGCUCUUUAAAACUUUGGAGAAGUAGUCUUCAGGAAAGUUCAACACCUUCUGUUCCGUGGGAGCUUGUUGGCAUGCUUACCAUUGGCCAAAAUCCUGUCAGUGCUAUAUCUCUGACUGAUUCGGGACACAAGAUAGCAGCCCUCUGUACAGAGAAUCAUUCAAAAGCUGUCCACACAGUCAGUAUAUGGGAGAUUGUACACCUUAUAGAUUCAGGGGUUUUUAUACUAGAGGACAAGUUACAUGUUGAUGCAGAGGUUGUUGCUGUAAGAUGGUCAGCUGUGGGAAAUGAUCAGCUAUUGUUUGGAGUUUGCACACGGAAGGAGAUGAGGGUGUAUGGUAUUGCUCGGCAACCCUGCAGAAGUACCAGUUUUGCGGUCUCCGAUUAUUCUUCAGAAGCACGGAUUUGGCAAUGCUUCGCUGUUACUCGUACAUCUUCUGCUAUUCAUGAUUUAUGGUGGGGAUCCAAAGCCAUGACUGCCCUUGUUCAUAAUGAUUAUGUUAGUCUACAUGGUCAAUGGUUUGCUGUUAUUGAUAAAAAGGAAAAGAUUGAUAACUAUCCAGUAAUAUAUGCAGCCAAUCUUCCCAACCUAGUGAAUGCUACAGAAGAAGGCAGAGACUCUAAAUUGUUAUCUGAUUCUGGUAGUAAAGACCUCAAAGAAGCUAAUACUGCAUCUAUUAGCAGAGGAUGUGCUCCUCUGCCUCCAACAAGUAAUGCAAUUGAUGACUGGCAAUCCAGUAGUAUGCCUUUAACUGGGACCGCAUAUGGUUCAGAUGCUAUUAAUGACAUUACGAGCAUGUUACAUAUGGUGGAUAAGUUAGGAGGUGCUCUGCCACUUUAUCACCCUCAAGCCCUCCUUGUAGCUAUACGUUCAGGUAACUGGAAACGAGCAAGCGCAGCUUUAAGGCAUCUUGCUGAAUAUAUUACUUCAAGUGAUGCCUCCGAGAAGGAUUACGCUGUAAAGUCAGAUCUUUAUCCGGAUAUCCUUCUGUCAAAAUAUUAUGAAGGGUCUCUCUCCAAUGGCCCAAAUCUUAAGGCUUUCCAAUGGGGUGGGGCGUCUGGUUCAAUGCUUCAGAAUUCACAGUUUCAGGCAGGGUUGCAGUCAAAUUUCAAUAUGGAUUCUUAUAGUGCCAAUAGUAGUCACAGUUCACCUGCAACAGACUUGGAAUUUAGUGGCUUCUGCGAGCAGCUGAAGAAGUUAUCAGAUGGCGGAAAUAUUAGCAGGAUAGAAAAGAUGCAAUAUUUUGCAAUUGUAGACCUUCUUUGUGAAAUUAGUAACCCACAUUCUACUUCUGUUUAUGCAAGUCUUGAUGAAGCUGGGAGAAGAUUUUGGGUCACAUUUAGGUUUCAGCAGCUGUAUUUAGCUCGAAGUUCUGGCAAAACAGCAUCUAUGGAAGAGUUGGAUAUUGACUCUAGUAUGAUAGGAUGGGCUUUUCACUCAGAGUCUCAAGAAAAUUUGUCUGCUUCUCUUUUACCCAAUGAAUCAUCAUGGCAACAAAUGCGAUCACUGGGUUUUGGAUUUUGGUAUUCAAAUGUAGCACAGUUGCGUUCACGAAUGGAGAAACUGGCCCGACAGCAAUACCUGAAGAACAAGAAUCCUAAAGAUUGUGCGCUUCUCUAUAUAGCUUUAAAUAGAAUCCAAGUUUUGGCUGGUCUUUUCAAAAUAAGCAGGGAUGAGAAAGAUAAACCCUUGGUGGCUUUUCUUUCACGCAAUUUUCAGGAAGAGAAAAAUAAGGCAGCAGCCUUGAAAAAUGCAUAUGUGCUAAUGGGUAAACACCAACUCGAGCUGGCUAUAGGUUUCUUUCUCCUUGGAGGUGAGCCUUCAUCUGCGAUAAAUGUUUGUGUGAAAAAUCUUCAGGAUGAGCAGCUUGCGCUCGUAAUUUGUCGCCUUGUUGAUGGGGAGGGUGGGGCCCUGGAAAGUAAUCUUAUAAAUAAAUAUAUACUCCCAUCUGCUGUUCAGAGAGGAGACUUUUGGCGGGCAAGCCUUCUUAAGUGGGAAUUAGGAGAGUACCACCAAUCAUUUCUUGCUAUGGCUGGAUGUCUAGAGAACCCUGUUACUGGGAGCUCUACUGUGACUUCCAAUCACAUCUCUUUUGUGGAUCCCAGUAUUGGCCUAUAUUGUCUCAUGUUGACAACCAAAAAUAGUUUGAAGAAUGCAUUGGGGGAAAGAAAUGCUUCAAAUCUUAGUAGAUGGGCAACCUUGAUGGCUGCCACCGCCUUCAGCAGAUGUGGGCUCCCGCUCGAGGCGUUAGAAUGUCUUUCAGCAUCUGCCAGCGGUCAUGGUGGCAUGCGUCAGGCUAGCAGUCCAAGUAAUGGACAUUUGCGUACUCCACAUGGUGUUCUUGAGCUUUCUGUUCCUGAGACGUCUAAUUGGGUAUUAAGCGGUGUUUCAUCUACUGUAGACACUCAUUUUAGAUUGGGUUUAGCCGUCCAGUUCCUCUCGAAGCUAUUUCGGGAAGCAACUGCACUCUUAAAGAAUUCAGAAAUUGUUUCGUGUGAGAAAAUCUCAGGAUUUCAAAAUAAGCUACAAACAGCUUUGGAGCAAUUAUACCAGAGAUUCUCAUUGUCUUCUGCUUGCCUACGUAAUAUGAUGAUUUUAUCAGCAGACAACCAUGAGUUACUAUCCAUGGGAUACAAUAUAUUUCAGGAAAAUAGUACCUCAGGACUCUCCAGUAUUUCAGACAAGUCUCACACAGAUGAAGAUCUCCUCCAAUAUUCAGCUUUGUGUAAAUUGAUUCUAAAAGCGACCGAAGAGAAAUCAUUUGUUCUAUCCCGUAUCAUUGCUGCAUGCAGUGUCACUUGCUUACACUCAGUGCCAUGCUCUGAGGAAAACAAGGUGUCAUCUGGACCUGAACCAAAGUGGUCCUAUGCUUUGCAAUUUUACUUUCAGGGAAUUCUGCAAUCCUUCUCUAGUUUAAGAAUUUCUCUAAGGCUGUGCUUGGGUUCCUCUGUAGAAGACUUGAAAAUAAGACUCGCAGUUGUUCUUGAUUUAGUCGAAUAUUGCUCAAGACUCGCAAUGGCUUGGAUUUUGGGAGAUGUAAAUUGCCUCUUUCGAAUGGUGCAGCCCCUUACGAUAGCAUAUUUUCAUGGGCAUAUGCCUUAUGAGGUUGAUCUGGAAGACCUGAAGAGAGUUUACCACCAGGAAGUUUCUGUUAGUGUUUCAGAUGCAUCAAAUGUAGGAGUUAAUUCUGUUGUUGAGAACAACGAAGUUCAUUAUCCAGUCUACUCAAUUCCAGAAGAUGAAAGGCGUCUUGUAACACAUGCAUGUUUCUGGAAGCAUGUUUCAGACUUUGUGAAACAUAAGCUGGUAUCUAUUUCGAUCGAUCUAGAUGAUGGUAUCUCGAAUAGUGGUUCGGUUGAAACAUUUGAUGCUCAGACAUCACUGGAUUCCAGUGGUGACAUUGUAUGUGUAACUGAGAAGAUCAUGUCCGUUCUGGGAAAGACACUGAUUAGCACCCUUGCUCAACUCUCUUCCUACCAUGUAAAACAACUUGUAUUGCAUUUGAAACAGAAAAUAGAGAAGGGAAUUCAGGUUCCUACCUUGUUAUGGUUGCACGAAUGUCGGGAAUCUCAAGCAAAUUCUACGGAUCGAGCCAUCUCUGAUGCAAGUAUAGAGAAUGAAGACAACGAUGACCUGAUUAGCACCUUUGCUCAAUUCUCUUCCUACCUUGUAAAACAACUUGUAUCGCCCUUCAAACAAAAACUAGAGAAGCCAAUUCAGGUUCCUACCUUGUUAGGGUUGCACGAAUGUCAGGAAUCUGAAGCAGGUAUAGAGAAUGAAGACAAUGGUGACCUUACAGUUUCUGUGAGGUUUUGGAAGCUUUGUGUUGAUCCUCAUUUAGUAUCUGAAGCUUUCUUGCUAGAAAAUUUCGACAUAUCUGAGUGGUCAAAAUUUAAACCAUUGGAAGAUUGGAGCGAUAUGUACAGAGAAGUAACCGAGAAGAAUGAGCUCAAUGUGCCAUGCAAUCAAAAUGGUCGGAGUAGCCACACUUCAAAUUCGUCACAGAAAGCUUUAAUAACUGCCAAUGAAAACUCUGCUUUCCAGAAACCCAAAGAAAUCCAGAAGAGGACUGGGGAGCUUAUAGAGGCCCUUUGUAUUAACACAAUCAACCAUCGGCAAGCUGCAUUAGCUAGCAACCGCAAGGGUUUAAUCUUCUUUAGCCUAGAAGAUGGUGGUUACUGCGAUGAUCAGUCGAACUAUAUCUGGUCAGAUGCUGAUUGGCCACAUAAUGGUUGGGGCAACUCUGAGUCAACUCCUGUGCCAACAUGUGACUCACUCGGUGUUGGUCUUGGGGACAACGAAGGAGCACACCUUGGGUUAGGUUGUGAAACUCAAGAAGAGUUUGUUGAUCCUCCCCCAACAGUUGAAACUGUUAUUACGAGAGCAUUCUCUAGUCACCCAACAAUGCCUCUCUUCUUGGUUGGCUCAAGCCACACACACAUUUACUUGUGGGAGUUUGGAAAAAACAGAGCUAUUGCAACUUACGGUGUUCUGCCUGCUGCAACUGUUCCUCCUCCACAUGCUUUGGCGUCAAUAUCUGCAGUGCAAUUCGGUCCAUGCGGACAAAGAUUUGCUAGCGCUGCACUAGAUGGAACUGUAUGCACUUGGCAAUCAGAAGUUGGAGGAAGAAGCAAUAUCCAUCCCCUUGAAUCGUUUCUUUGUUUCAAUGGCCAUGCAUCGGAUGUAGAAUAUAUUAGUUCGAGUGGAUCUAUCGUUGCGGCUUCAGGACAUAGCUCAAGUGGUGUCAACGUAGUUCUAUGGGAUACUCUAGCUCCCCCUUCAGCUUCCCAGGCGUCUAUCAGUUGUCAUGAAGGUGGUGCACGCUCUAUCUCGGUAUUUGAUAAUGACAUUGGUAGUGGCUCGAUUUCUCCUAUGAUUGUAACCGGUGGCACAACCGGUGACGUUGGAUUGCACGAUUUCCGGUAUAUUGCAACCGGUAAGAUGAGGAAGCAAGAUCAGUACAAGAAUGGGAUGCUUUGGUAUAUACCAAAGGCUCACUUAGGGAGUGUGACCAAAAUAUCGACAAUCCCGCACACGAGUCUGUUCUUGACGGGAAGCAAAGACGGAGAUGUUAAACUUUGGGAUGCAAAAGCAGCAAAGUUGAUUCAUCAUUGGCCUAAGCUACACGAAAGACACACUUUCCUGCAACCAACCUCAUUUGGCUACGGUGGAAUCAUCCGGGCUGGGGUUACAGAUAUACAAGUUUGUCCAAAUGGAUUUAUCUCUUGUGGUGGUGAUGGUACUGUGAAGUUCGUCAGUCUCAGAGAUUCUUCUUAA